AUGAGCCCAAAUGUAAAACUCACUGUUGACUUGUUAGGUAAAAGUGUUGAUCCAUCUCUAUAUAGAAGCAUGAUAGGUAGUCUUCUUUACCUUACUACUAGUAAACCUGACAUUAGUUACAGUGUUGGAGUGUGUGCUAGAUAUCAGGCUAAUCCCAAAGAGUCCCAUAUGAAUGCUUUAAAAAGAAUCAUAAAGUAUGUCAAAACUACUGCUGAGUUUGGUGUGUGGUACAGCAAGGACAUAAAUGAUGUCUUAGCUGGGUACUUUGAUGCUGAUUGGGCUGGGAAUGCUGAUGAUAGAAAGAGUACUUCAAGGGAUUGUUUCUAUGUGGGUAAUAAUCUUGUCUCUUGGAUGAGUAAAAAGCAGAACUCCAUCUCAUUAUCUACUACGAAAGCUGAGUACAUUGCUGCCAGUAGCUGUUGCACCUAA